CAUAAUAUCAACUCUUCUUCUGAUUGUGUUUGGAAGUAAUGUCAUAAUAAAGUAACACCAUAGAAGCUGAGUUUUGGCUCCUCCUCUCAGAGAGUUGUUUCUUCACUCCUCCCCCUCCUGCAGCGCCGCCGUCAUGCCGGCCGCACUGACCGACUCGAGUCAGAUCAUCUGCGAGGUGUGGGCGAGUAACGUGGAAAACGAGAUGAGGAAGAUACGCCAGAUCAUCCAGAGCUACAACUUCAUCGCCAUGGACACAGAGUUCCCCGGCGUGGUGGUCCGGCCCAUCGGCGAGUUCCGCAGCACGGUGGAUUAUCAGUACCAGCUGCUGCGAUGUAAUGUGGACCUGCUGAAGAUAAUCCAGCUCGGACUGACCUUCAUGAACGAGGACGGAGAUUAUCCACCCACCGGGACCACGACCUGGCAGUUCAACUUCAAGUUCAACCUCACUGAGGACAUGUACUCGCAGGAUUCCAUAGACCUGCUGCAGAACUCAGGACUGCAGUUUAAGAAACAUGAAGAAGAAGGAAUCGACACGCUUUACUUCGCUGAGCUGCUCAUGACGUCGGGUCUGGUUCUGUGUGAGAACGUCAAGUGGCUCUCCUUCCACAGUGGCUACGACUUUGGUUACCUGGUGAAGCUGCUGACGGACGCGCGGCUGCCGGAAGAGGAACACGACUUCUUCCAGAUCCUCAACCUCUUCUUUCCGGCCAUCUACGACGUCAAGUACUUGAUGAAGAGCUGCAAGAACCUGAAGGGCGGGCUGCAGGAAGUGGCCGAUCAGCUGGAGCUGAAGAGGAUCGGGCGACAGCAUCAGGCCGGCUCUGACUCUCUGCUCACUGGGAUGGCGUUCUUCAGGAUGAAGGAGCUUUUUUUUGAAGACAACAUCGACGACGCUAAGUAUUGUGGGAGAUUGUACGGCCUCGGCUCGGGCUCCACGCAACCGCAGAAUGGCGUCUCCGGUUCCAGUCAAGAGGAAACAAAUAACAAGCACUGAUGGUCGCCAUGACAACGACGUUUUAAACCCCGACGGACCAGCAGACGCCACAACGUCACUUCCUGUGAGACUGAAACGUAAACAUUGGGAACAUUCAGUUUUUUUAAACCCGUUUGAUUUCUGGCAGUGUGGGACCGCCUCCUGCAGUGAUGUCACAGCGUGACUCUGCCCCCUCCUCAUGUGUAAAUGAAAGUGUGAACUUUGAUGAAUAAAAAAGAAAAAGUUUUAGCUUUUUUCAGAAACUUUUAACAGUGAAAAAAACCCUGUUUUAUUUUGUUUUAAACUGUUUAUUAAAUGUUUUCUAUUUUCAAUGGAACAAAAAACACUUUACUUUGUGUUUGUGCUUUUUCCAUCGUAAACAAACUAAUGUAUGUCACAGCUGUGACGACAGGAAGUCGUCACUUCUCCUCCUCCUCUUCCUCCUGACAGGACAGUGGAUCCAGACCCUGGACUAGAGUUCUCAACGACCCGUGGGUCUUUAAACCCACCCCCCCCCCACACACACACACACACACACACACACACAUUUUCCCAUUGAUGGAAGCGUGGUGUUUUGUGUUCUCUGUACCAAGGCUCCGCCCCUCUGCAGAUUCACUCUUCACAUGUGAACAGCAAAGAUUCACAACAAACAUUUACAACCUGCAGAUGAAAAAGGGAAGCCCGACCCGAGUGACCCAUCCCUACCGGUCAGGUUUGUCGACGGACUGUUGAGAACUCUUCCCUGAACUGAGACACAGUCUGUUCCUGUUAUCUGUGGCUGUUUUGUCGCCACCUAGUGUUUACUCUGUCAAAUAAACAUGAAAAACAAUA